AUGAGAUUAUUAAUUCCUGAUGAAAGGUAACAAUCACCUGGAGAAAUAAUUGGUUACGUUAUUGGAGUCCUUUACUUUUUUGGAAUGAUAUACUAUAUCUACAGGAAACAUUUACUCAGUUUAUUUUAGAUGUUUAUGAAUUAUUUGGAUGAUAAUGAAAACGAAGAACAAUAUAAAGCAAUCCUGUAUAGUUGUUUAAACUCAAUUUAAUUUCUUAUCCUGUGCUUUUACUCAACCUUUAGUAGUGAAUCAGAUUUGGCUGUUUCUACAAUUAUUGGAUCAGAUGCCUUUAUGAUCUUUUUUGUUUUCUCUUACAUUCUUUAUAAGUAUCCUACUCAUUCUCAUGGAGUGCUAGAUACAUGGAUAACAAUAAGAGAUGCAUUUUUUUAUAUCUUAUCACUCUUUGUUCUAUUCAUAUGUAUUUUACUAGAUUUUUUGAACAUUGGAACGGCAGUUAUCUUAUUGGUAGUGUACUUUGCAAAUAUUAUCUUCAUUUUUAAUAGUGAAAAUGUUAAAUCUAAGAUGAUGGAAUGGUUUGAUCUAACUGCUGAAGAUGAAGACUAUAGUUGUGAAUAGCACUUAACUUAUGUGAAGAGAAGAAUAUCCAUCACUCAUUUGAAAGACAAUAAUUACAUUUAAACUGAUGAUCCUACCUUAAUAAAGAAGUUGGCUCUGAAUAAUAAAGCAAGUUCAUAAAAAAGUGGAAAAUUGAAGUUAAUUUUUUAAAAAAUAGUAUACAUUAUAAUAUUUGCCAUUAAAAACUAAGUCAAAUAAGAGAAACAAUUUAGAGUUGAAUAUUAUUUGAAUAUGUAUAAACCUAAAUAAAGAGGACCUCCUUCAAAAAAAAGCAAGAUUGAACCUGCUUCUUCAGUUCCAGACUCACAUCAUUAAAAUAUUAAUGAGGAUAUUCCUUUAAUGGAAAAUAAUGACAUACCUAUCGAACACUAAAAGGAUUAAGAAGGAGUGUAGGAGAAUGAUUAAGAAUAAGAACAAUAAUAAUAACAAGAAUAAGAAGGUGGAAAGCAAAAAUUGACUCUUCCAAAAGGUGGACUAGAUAAAUUCCUUUUUAUUCUGUUCUUCCCUGCCCACCUUAUAUGUCAUUUCAUUCCAACACCAAAAGAUGACGCUGAUUAUGUCAACAUCAUAUUAGAUUUAUUAAUAUCAUUAGCAAUAGUAACAGGUUUAUACUUUUUAAUUGAUUGGUGGAUUUUUGAAAUAUUUGAUGGAACAGGUAUUCCAAUACAAGUUUUGGGAUUUAUAUUUCUUGGUGUUUUGGUUUCAACAUAACUUGCAUACCAUUAAAUUGAUAUUGCAAAGGAAGAGUUGUAAUUGAAAUUUACCUAAGCGUUCUUUUAGACAGCUAUAUGUAAAUCAUCACUUUGUAUGGGAAUUACCUGGGGUAUUCAAUCUUUGAUUAAUAUUGAUACUGGAUUAGUGAGAAGGAGCAGUAAACACUCAAAGACUUUUGCAGUAUGUAUAAUAAUUGUUUGUGGACUUGUUGCAUUUUUAUUAUUUUAAUGCUGGCUAAAACGAUUUAUCUUAGCCAAGUCAGAAGCUUAGAAAUAUAUGGUUGUAUACUGUCUCCUAUUGAUAAUAAUUGCAGUCAUUGUUCCUUUAGAUGUAAUUAAAUGA